AUGGAUUCAGAAACAUAUAUAGCAAAAACUUCUGUCUUGACACCUCAUAAAAUAUCUUUGCUUGUUCUGCUUUCUAUAUACUUUGAAACUGCUAUCGAAGAUGAUUUAUUAGAAACACUUUUAUUCUUUUUGAUAGAAAAAAUAUCAAAUGAACAUCGUUUUCCAGAGCCAACACUGCAAGAAUUUUGUGAUGAAAUUCACCAAAGGACGUGUCCCUUGCCAAAGGUGUGCACUGAAACUCAACGUGAAUGUAAAUCAUCAUUAGAACAAGCUUUACUUAUGCACCUAGUGUCAAUGGAUUCCCCUCACGAUUUAAUUGAACUGAUAAAAGAUUCUAAAAAAUUAACAACAAACGAAGAAAAUGAUUGUACUCCAAUUCCUCUUGGAAAAUAUAGUAUAUUAGGAAUUUUCGUUAGACGUUGUUAUAUUGAAAGCGAAAAGUUGAUGUUUGACGAUAUUAGCAGGUUAUACAAUGCAUUUGUUAAAUAUAAGACGGACAAAAUUGUACUGUUCUCAAAAAAAGGAAAAGAAAGCAUGGAUUUUUGCUACAAGUCGGGAGAGUUCUCUUCCAUUCUUUCAGAAGUCACACAUCGCUACCAUAUGUGCAAACAAGAUCUUAUCGCCAAGUGUGAUGCAGAAUCCUUUUCACAUUACAUAAUUACUCAGCUUCGCAAAUAUGGAGGUAUCUUACCUCCUGAACUUGAAAUACGAGGGUGCGCUGACAAAUUUUUACAAAUAUUCAAAUUUUUGCCCAGAAGACGUAGAGAACCGGAAUUGGUAUCAAUAUGUUUUAUUGAAUCUGGUGGUCCUUCAUGCAAAAUUCGGACACAGGGAGCAGGCAUUAUUGCAAUAGAAAUGGCUCGAGAGAAUAAUGACCAAGAGUGCCUUCGUUUUGCAUUGAGCUGGUUAUAUCGGCUCAAGUCAAAUGAACCGACUUCCACAAAACGGGUAGACGCGACUGAUCAACAGAUGCUCGAUUCACUAAUUAGCAAAGCUAAACAAUCCAACUUCAUUUAUUUGCAAUCUCUUGGGGAACUUGGGAACUCUCAACGUCAGAUUCAACAGGGCGCGUCACCAACGGAGGUUUUUGAAUCUUUACUUCGAAGUUCUAUUUUGAAUAUGAAUUGCCCAUUCAAGACCAUGCGCUUCCAAGGGCAACUAUUAAAUGCAAGUGUAUGGCAAAUUUAUGGCAAUGUUGCGCUAUCUGCCUUGUAUUCAUCAGAAGUUAUUGACCAUUCUGAUACUAGUCCAGAAGAUCUUGUAACUGCCUAUUGUCAGAUGGCGGAUCUUCAUGUUUCAUAUGGAAAUUAUGAACAAGCUCUUAAAUUGCUUGAAGAAUCUAAAGAAAAAUUCCUUGGAAUACGUAGAGCAGCUUUGCAAUGGGUUGUUUGCUUAGAAAAAGUCUUAUAUCAGAAGUGCUUUGCAAGAGAUGAACGUGCAAGUAUUGAAGCACUAGAGGUGCAACUUCGUGGAAGUUGUCAGGAUGACGAAGUUUUGCAAGAUGACUUUAAUUAUAAUCGAGCAUUGUAUCUGGCAAGGAUUGAUAGACCUGAUGAAGCAAUGGAUCUUUUACAUGAACUUAUGCAAAAAAGUUCCAGAUUAGGUUCUCAAAACCAGAUGCUGAUUGCCAAUUAUUAUCUUAAACUUGCUGAAAUCCGUAUAGAAACUGAAGAUCCAACUUCUGCAUUACCUUAUGUUCUAAGUGCCUUAUGUAUAAGUGAACGAUUUCAUCAUCAAAAUUGUUAUUUCAUGGCGAAGAUACGGCUUGCGCAGAUAUUGCUUCAUUUUAACUUGGCAACAAGAGCAAAAAUCAUGAUUGAAAACAUCAUGCCUGUUAUUUUGGCAGAACACACCUUGCGCAUGCAAUCAGUAGGUCAUUUUAUUUACGCUCAAUGCCUUCUUGGAUGUAUUACUCAGGACAUAAGAGCUCAACGCAAACAAUCCAUACCGUGGGAUGAUGUUUUAAUUCCUCUUCGCCGUGCACAGACAGGCAGGUAUCAUUAUGUUUUGCUAACUAUUCAAUCUAUCUCUGAACUGAUCGAUGUUGUGCAAGUAAUAGUAUAUGUUUACAAUGCGUCUGGCGAUUUGGUUCAGCGUGAUAAUGCAGCUAAUCAGUUCAAAAAUUUAUAUCUUAAACAACAAGAAAGCCAAAGAAAGCAACCAGAAUUAGAUAUAAUCUAUAUUACUAAGUGA